AUGUCUAGCAUAUCCUCGGAUACUCAGUCCCCCUCGCUGACAUGCCAGCAAUGUCAUCAGCCGCUCCUGCUUGACCCAUCCUUCCAAAAUCUCACUCCGGCGCAGUACACCCUAAUCGCCUCUUCCCUUCCCUCUGCCGGCCCCUCUUCCGGCCUUCCAUCCAGCUCCAAGCUCGCUCAGCUCCCACCGACCGCCAGGCCCGCCGCUGAGAUAUGGUCCAAAAAGCGGGGCAACCCCUCGGGCUCGGGCGUCGCGGAAUCCUUCAUCAUGCUGGACCAGUCCCAGUCUCAGUCGCACGCGACUUCGCGGGCAUCUUAUCAGCCAACUUCGACAUACACAUCCUCAGCGGACGCGGGACCCUCUGCUCCACGACAAGGACUAUCUUCUACGGAGCUCGCGGAGACACUCCAUCGGCUCAUCUCGUCCAAGACGCCCAUAUCUCAUCCCAUCUGCGUCGAGUGCAUCACGCUCCUCCAGUCCGAACUGCAGACGGAGCUGGACGAGCUUCAGAAGGAGCGCGACGCGUAUAUCGCCUUCGAACAGGGAAUACUACGGAAUAGGGAGGUUGUACAAGGAGGCCGGAGCAAGACGGCCCAGAAGGAGAGGGAGAAGCAUACGAAGGGGAAAGGGAAGGGACGUGCGAUGGAGGAAGUCCAAGGGGUGGAUGAGGGCUUAGGGGAAUUCGAUAUGGAGGGCACGCAGGAGGAAUGGGAUAUGCUCAUUCGGAGGAAGAAGGAGCUCGCGGAGGAGGAGGAGAGGUUGAUUGCGGAGCUGAAGAAGCGGGAGGGAGAUCUGGAGGCGGUCAGAGAGGAAGAAGAGGGGGUUAGGCGGGACGAAGAAGAGGUUGAUAGGGAAGAGCAGGACUUCCUACUCAACCACCAUGCACUAUCCACCCAGCUCCGACACCUCCAACAAGCCCUGUCAUCCGCCGAAACCCAUCUCCUUCUCUCCAAAUCCCUACUGCAACACCUCGAAUCCACCAAUGUCUACAACGACGCCUUCCAAAUCGGCUAUGUUCCUCUGCCAUCACGCACCGACUCUCCGUCUCUGUCUCACGUUGGCGGCUCGUCUAGCGGGUCAGGCUACGUCGGGACGAUCAAUGGGCUUCGGUUGGGCGGGAGGCCCGUUGUCGAUUGGGACGAGAUCAAUGCAGCUUGGGGACUGGUCGCGCUUUGCGUGGAUCGUGUGGCCGCUAGAGUCGGUUUCACAUUUGCCAAGUACAAGAUCCAAGCGCUUGGCUCCAACUCGCUCAUCUCGGAACUACCACCCUCCCGACAAACAUACGAGCUCUACGCUUCGCCCGACCUCUCCGCCUUUUUACAUAAUCGUCGCUUCUCUACCGGCCUCAUCUGCCUGCUCGACUGUAUCCGCCAACUCGUCGAAUUCGGACAAAAGAGCACACGAGGCUGGCCGGUCGGAAAUCUCGAGAUCCGGAAAGACCGGAUAUCUGGCUACUCUAUCCGUCUGCCUGGGCUGGGAAUGAGUAUGGGGCUCAGUAUGAUGGGUCUGGGCGGGUCGGGCUCAUCAGGGGAUGAUGGAGGUGGUAGAGAGGCGAAAGUCCGAGGUGCCGAGUUGAGCCCGGAUGAGCAUUGGACAAAGGCGUGCAUUGCGGUCCUGAAGGUGUUGAAGCAGAUUCUGAUCGCGGAGAGUGAGGCGGAGAGGGGGAACGUGGCUGCGGCGGCGCCCACCGUGGAAGCGUCUCGAGCAGCUUGA